GGGGCGACAAAAGGCAGGCGGGCCCCCACCCUGAUACCCAGCCCGUCUCGGCCCGCGCGCCAGUCCGCUGUGGAGCGUCCCUCGCGGCGCAGGUACAAUAAACGUUUGCGAUUAUUGUUAUCCGUGAUGUUCGCGCGUGUUAUUGUUUAGUGAUCAUCAUCAGUGCAGUGUUUUAUCUAACACCGAAUAAGUAUGAUGUUGUGAGUGCGACAUGGCCGUGUGUAGUUGACAUGUCGCUGAGCGCGCCCGUUCAGGCGGUGCGCGGUACAAGGACCAAUAGCCUCGACCAUCUUGAUUUUCAAGAGCGCCGGCAGCUGAUUGCGAGCUCGUUGUCUUUAACUGAUUUUCUACAUGUUGGGGCGAAGGAGGUGGCGGCUGUUGCUGCCAAGAAACAAAAUGGCUCGGCGGUUCGAACAAAUAGCCUGGGUUCCGGUGCGCGCACACCACCCGCAGAGCGGACCAAGUCAAAAUUCUCAGCAUUUGGUAGACUAUUCAAACCGUGGAAGUGGAAACGGAAAAAGAAAUCGGAGAAAUUCGAAGCUGCAUCUAGAACUUUAGAAAGAAAGAUAUCCGUCCGAGCCAAUAGAGAAGAAUUAGUUCAAAAAGGUAUCCUUUUGCCUGAAAGUCCAGUCACUCCCGUACCAGAGGGCAACGAAGAGCAGGAAUACGAGAGCAACCGCGCGGCGGAGCAAGCGACGCAGAUGUCGGAGCGGCUGACGGGCAUGCACGCGGCGCUGCAGGCGCAGCUCGCGUCGCAGCUCGCGCAGCAGCAGGCGGCGCUCGCGGCCGCCGUCGCCGCCGCCGCCGCCGCGCACCACCACCAUCAGAACAAUAAUGUCAUUGAACCAAAGAAAGACAAAUUGGAAAAUGGAGGUGAGCUAGUAAGACCGGAGAGACCAAACUCUCUGACGGCCGGCAAGCUUCCGAGACGGAUAUGUUAUCAAGGGGAAGUGGGCUACGGCGGCGGCAGCGACAGCGCGGACGGCGGCGCGGAGGAGCAGCUGAUGCUGUCGGAGCUGCCGGAGCCGCCCAUCGCGGUGUCGGAGAUCGGGCCGAUACCGCCGCCGCCGAUGUUCAGCUCGCCGAGCCCCACGCGCCACCACCACGCGCACCCCGCGACGCACACGCUGUCCGAUUCGGAAGACGAAGACGAGCAGGAGGACGACGAGGCGGAGCCGGCGGCGGACACGACGCGCGUGGAGGAGAUCCCGCCGAAGGAGCCGAUAUUUAACGCGGUGCCGCUCAAGUCGGCGCUCAAGAAGCGGCCCGCGCAGGCCGCCUCGCCCGCGCCCACGCCGCUCGCCACCCCGCUCGCGCCGCGCCAGGACCACCACCACGCCAGCUUCAAAAGGCCGCCGCCGAAACCGAGGAUCCGUAUAUGCAGCCGGCCGGUGCGCAUGGGCAACGCGCUGGAGAACAAGGAGAACGCGCGGCCGUGGGAGGGCGCGGGCGAGUACCGCGACGAGUGCGCCAGCGAGUCCGAGCGCGUCGCCGCCAAGCUGGCGCGCAAGGAGAGCCUCAACAUCAAGCUGGCGCUGCGCCCCGACAGGCAGGAGCUCAUCAACAGAAAUAUUCUGGUGGUGCAGAGUGAACACGAAAGGCAAGAGUCGUGGGAGGCGAUAGGGGCGCGCCUUAUACGCCGUUUGUCCAUGCGGCCCACUGCUGAGGAACUCGUAGAAAGGAACAUUCUCAAGAGUCAGUCGCCAGCUGAGGAGAAAAAACAAAAGGAAGAGAAGAAACGGUAUCUUUUACGCAAGCUCAGCUUUCGGCCCACCGUCGAUGAGCUCAAGGAAAAGAAAAUUAUUCGAUUCAGCGACUACAUUGAAGUCACUCAAGCGCACGACUACGACCGGCGCGCGGACAAGCCGUGGACGCGCCUCACGCCGCGCGACAAGGCCGCCAUCCGCCGCGAGCUCAACGAGUUCAAGAGCUCCGAGAUGGCCGUGCACGAGGACAGCAAGCACCUCACUAGGUUCCAUAGACCAUGACGGCUGUGCCUUAUCCCCGGAGCGGUGAGAGGAGAGGGAGCACGCGGCUAAAUGUGGCCCGGGGCGGCUACGGCGGCCACGGGCGGCUAUAGCGGCUACGGCGGCCACGCGCGCAGCCCGCGGCUACGGGCCGGCGGCUGUAGCGGCUACGGCGGCUACGGGCCGGCGGCCCGGGCGAGUGGAGGCGUGCCGCGACACUUACCUGUGAUUCUAAUGUAUUUAUAUUGACUUCUUCCCACCUUAGGAAGAUUCGCAUGCAAUAACUUAACGCGACGCGACGGUAAAGUGUUGAUCAUUCUAAACUUACGUUGUACGAUCGUUUUCGAGUUACGUUUCGUUGUUUGUGAACGUCCCGCGUGUGCGAUGCCCACUUUUAAUAAAUCAUUAUUAAUAUUAUUAUUAUAUCGUAGAUAUGUCCAGUACAAUUUAUUAUGAUUAUUGUAAUUUUUUUUUAUAUUAAGUUCGCAUAUCUUAAGCGUACCUAUACAUUCUUUAAAUUGACCUUCGUGAAAGGUUAGUGAUACUGAUUAUUGUGGUCGAGAGAUUCUUGAGUUUAUGAAGCUCUGUGAGAAUUACGAAUUUUUUAGUUCAAAUGUGAGAUGAUCCAUCGUAGGGAGUUCUGUAGGAAUGUGAUGUUUGUUACGCUAGCUUAUACCUACGUAGUCAUUAUGCUAGAUUCGAGUGUUAUAUAUAUUUCUUGAUUCACAGCUGUUUUUUUUUUGAUCACAAUUGUUUGUAUAAAUUCGGUCGAUACGUAUUGUUCUGACGAGCUUUUUGAAUAUAUAUGAGGCGGUUUAAAGAGCUCACGUGACGCUUAGGCCACUACUGCCAUACACUUCCGUUAGAGUUUAAACACAAUAUGAAAUAAAAUAAAAAUGUUUGCCAAAUAAAGAACAACAUUCAAGAUGUCCAAAUGUUCACGUAUUUAUUUUACCCGAGAGCUCAAAUGUUGAGGUAUUUACGUAAAAAUUAAUCGAUAAUAUAAGAAAUUUUGCAAGGUAGCGCUCACGGACUCAUAGUUUUUAAAUAUCGUAAAUUAUAUAUGUACGAUCAAAAAGUAGUUUCAUGUAUGGGCAAUUCUAUAUUAAAUACGUUUUUCGACAUUGUUGUUAUACGGUUUUGUUUGUUUUAAAAUGAGUUGUUUUCGUGGUUGAGAUUCGUAACCAGAAUGUAAAUUAUAAUAAUACAUUAUAAAGAAUUGCACAAUGCUGAAUAAAAAAGCAACAACAGCAAAAAUAUAGAAUUGGUAAACGGGCUUUUCGAUGACGUCAAUUGAAAGUUCAUACUUUGGUUUCUUAUUUAAAAAAAAACGAUAUUUUCUGCAUUUCGGCGUUGGUGCAAAGCUGCGCUGUAACCUGUUAUAUUAGUUUCUUAAUGUAAAUUAAAUUGGAUGUAUAGUGAAUCGUAGGUGAGAUCAAUUGGUUGCACGCAUUGGAACGCUCGUUUGUCACAACAGAGUUUCGUUAUCUUCGGCUUACAACACUAGAAACUUCGGCGGGAACAAAUUGUUAUUCAUCAGUCGCUCUAGCUUAGGUAUAGUUUAGGUAAUUCAAACGUUGAACGAACUAUUCGGUAAUGGAAUAAGUAUAAAAUAACAAAAAAAAAAGAAAAUUAAAACUUUAAAAACGUAGCUGUUAAAUCAUUAAUGCCUUCGAGAUUACUUCUGUUUAAUAUAAAUUCUCUUAUUUAUUAUAUUUUAUAAACGGUAACGCUUUGUGAAGCUUAUUUUGGCCAACAAGCAAUAAUGCUAUCGACUUUGUUAUAUUGUGAUUUGGUUUUGAGGAUGAGUAAUUAUUGUUUAAUUUUCAUGUAAAACUAUUCAUUUAUGAGGUUAACAUGGAGUUCGUUCAAAAGCCGAUUGUGUUAUCGAGUAGCAAUGCUUCCAAAAUAUAUUAACGUGGUUAAACUUUGUGAGCACAUAUUUUUAUAAAAUAUUCUAAAGACAUUGUCAUUUAUAAGUAAUUAAUCAAUCGUUCGUUUUGUAUCAAUCGAAUAUAAGAGAAUCGUUCUUACUGUAGCGCGUAAGUACCGGAUAACAAUAGUUCGAUGUAACGCAGUACGUUUUACAGCAGAAAGAUUAACGGAAAUGUUAAUAUAAUGGUUACUCUUGACGCCAUUCCAUUUAGGGUAAAGUGGAAGCCAAAAUGACGACUUAUUUUUCUAUACGAUUUUGUUAGGUUCGCAAUAAUGAAUAAUAAUAAUAUAUAGGUAAAUUGUAGGUGUUUAUCGAUAUUAUUAUAAGACGUUCAGAUUUCCAAAGAUCUAAAGUUUAAUGAAAUUCAUGUACUAGCGCACAGGUUGCUAUCGGUGAAAUGUGUCGUUGUCAAUCGGGCCAGUGCGGCCACCGGUAUGGAUUCACAUCACUUAGUAGUAUGUAAGCACAUACUUAUUUACCAUAAAUGUGAUAAGACUACUCUUAAAAUAUUAUAAGUUUUUUUUUUAAUAUUAUUUUAGCACACGAAUUCUUAAUUUGUGUACAUUUCUAAAUGAUUAUUUUAUGAAUGCAACAUGGUGCUGUCAAUUACCAUUAUUAUAUCGGUUUGUGUUUUUCUUUUUAAGUUGUUUACCUUGUAAUAGACGUAACGUUCGCAAACUUUUGUACUGGGGCUGUCGAUACAUUUUAGAUAGUGAGCGCAACAAAAUUCUCAGUGUCAAGUAAUGUAAAUACUACGACGAAAUUGAUAGUUGGAAUUAAUAAUGUAUAAACUUUAUAAAUUUUAUCGAUAAACAUUCUUUAUUUGUAUCUGUGUAAUAUAAUUUUAAACGAUGUAAAUUAUGGAAUCUCUUUAAUUUCCUCUUAUAUCGCGAGUAACUGAUGUGCUGUUGAGGGAAUGAGAAAUGCUUACUUCAGUAAUCGUUUUACUGUUGCUUUUAUUUUUUAAUCUUGUAUAAAUUAUUAAUGACAUGUUGUAAUAAUUAGUAUGUAUAAUGAUAGCCAUACAAUUAUUUGUUUUAUAUAACAAUAAGUUUGUAAAUACUACGAUUAUACAUUAAAUUUUAUACUCGAUUGUUUUUCAAUCAUAAACAUUCCUUAGUAUC